UUCAUCCAGACUCGUGAUCAGAACAGGAAGUAGGGAGUGUUUGUUGCGAAGCCACGAGAAACUGAGCCUCCACCGAUAAAAUGGAAUUUCGUGUCGUCUUCAUCUGCCUCUCCCUCUUCGUGCUCACCUAUGCGGAACCUGUAAAGUACCACGAUUGUGGGUCUACUGAGGGAAAGGUCUCCAUUGUUGACAUUGACCCAUGUCCAACACAACCUUGUGAGCUCAAAAAAGGAGAGUCCUACUCCGUCAAUGUGACUUUCAUCAGCGAUGAUGAAAGCCAGAAAAGUACCGCAGUGGUCCAUGGUGUGAUUGCUGGUCUACCUAUACCUUUCCCUAUCCCUGUUGCUGAUGGCUGCAAGUCGGGGAUUACCUGCCCCAUUCAGAAGGGAACAACCUACAGCUAUGUGAAUCAGCUGCCAGUCAAGGCUGAAUACCCUUCAAUCCGGCUGGUUGUGAAGUGGGAACUGAUGGAUGAUUUGAAGCGAGACCUAUUCUGCAUAUUGUUCCCAGUCAAAAUCACAAGCUAAGGGCCAUUGUCUUUUCUGUACUAAGAGGGAAAUUCUAUGUUGUAGUCCUGGAUGUCCACUAAGAAAAUGAUGUUUCCUUUCUAUUGAUUUUAAUUACUACUAGGGUAGAGUCAUUUUACCUUUCUUGUGAUCUGUACAUGUCACAAUUUAAAUUGAGGGAGGAUUUUAACUGAUUAUGAUAGUCUUGAGAAUGUGGCUUCAUAAAUCUCGAAAUGAAUUGGGGCUAUUCUAUUCUCAAUGGCAUUCAUUUAAACUGUUUACUGUUCUCCCUGUGAAUGAUUUGGUGAAUUAAAUCAAAUAUUAACAGUGCAUUAUAAUUCUGUCUGUCUGGAGCCUGACUGCACUGUUCUUAAAUCUGUUCUGUUGCUGCAAUGUGCUAUCACUGAUGUCAAUGAUACUGGUUUUUUUAUUUUGUUUCUUUUUUUUUCUCUUUAUUAUUAUUUGUUUUUUUUUCUCUUCAUAGGGCUGUUCAGUAAGCAAAGCAGCAGUUCAACCACUCAUUCUAGAAGACUGUUAAUGGCCAAUUUUAAACAGACCGACAAGCCAAUGAACCUUUAAAUGCAUUUUGAGUACAUUCAUUGUACACUGAAGUAUUAAUGUAAAAUUUUUAACUGCAGAUUUGUAUAAAACUAUAAUAAAGAAUGUUUGCUUGAUUACUGAAAAGUAAACUUUAGAUGGAAUUUCCAAGUCAUAAUGUUUACUAAUUCCUUUGUUUUGCUUAAAUUAAUUUACUUGAGCAGGAAAGGGCAAAUAGAAGCCCAUAGAUUGGCUUCACAAAGUAUUCAGACCCCUUCACUUUUUGCACACUGUGUUGUAGAUUAAUGACAAAUGUGGGAACCUUUUUAGAAUUUUUUUGUAAAUUUAUUAAACAACUGAAAUCUCA